AGGACUAGACGUUGAGGAGGCUGAGACCCGAGCCAGGCCCUACGGACCUCGCCGGCGGGGCUGGGCCCGUGCCAGAGAAGAGACCCAGCUCCAUCUGAACAGGGACUAUGAGAAAAUGGUCGGGCAAACGAGGAGUAAGCUCAAAGCAGCGGCUUCAGAGCCGGUGCAGUCCUCGCGCUCCGUGCAGUCCAGGCGGCGGCGCCGGGCCGCCGGAGCCGGGGAGCCGGAGGUGGAGGAGUUACAGGCGGAGGCGGAAAAGUGGCAGCCGCCUUUGCCGGUAGGCGGGGGGAACCUGCCGGGGGGCUCCCGGGGUUACUCGCCGCGGAGGACCCGAAACCUGAAGGCGCAGAAUUGCAUGCAAAUGGACAUGGUCACAAGGACCCUUCUUCUCAGCCGCUUCCGGUUCGCCAGCUGUUUGCUGGAGCAGCUCCGAAAUAAGGUGCAGCAGCUUCGGAGACGUCAGGUCAACAGCAGGACCUCCUUCGGCAUCGCCGCCUUUGUGGGAGUUUUGCACUGGAUGCAUUUAGUAACUCUUUUUGAAAAUGAUCGUCACUUUUCUCACCUCUCAUCUUUAGAACGGGAGAUGACUUUUCGAACUGAAAUGGGACUUUAUUAUUCCUACUUCAAGACCAUUAUUGAAGCACCUUCAUUUUUGGAAGGACUGUGGAUGAUUAUGAAUGAUAGGCUCACUGAAUAUCCCCUUGUAAUUAAUACAGUGAAACGCUUCCAUCUUUAUCCAGAGGUGGUUAUAGCCUUCUGGUAUCGCACGUUUGUGGGAAUACUGAGUCUAUUUGGGCUCGAAGCCAAGACCUGCUGGAAUGUUACCAGACUGGAACCUCUGAAUGACGUUCAGAGCUGCGAAGGAUUGGGAGACCCUGCUUGCUUUUAUGUUGCUGUAAUUUUUAUUUUAAAUGGAGUAAUGAUGGGAUUGUUCUUCAUAUAUGGUGCAUACCUGAGUGGGACUCAACUUGGAGGUCUAAUUACAGUAUUAUGCUACUUUUUCAACCAUGGAGAGGCUACCCGUGUGAUGUGGACACCGCCUCUCCGGGAAAGCUUCUCCUAUCCAUUUCUUGUACUUCAGAUGUGCAUUUUAACUUUGAUUCUCAGGACCUUGAAAAACAGUAGAACGCAUUUUAUCGCACUCUGUCUUUCCAGUGUUGCUUUUCUGCUUACCUGGCAGUUUGCUCAGUUUAUACUUUUCACACAGAUAGCUUCAUUAUUUCCCAUGUAUAUUGUGGGGUACAUUGAGCCAAACAAAUUUCAGAAGAUCAUUUAUAUGAACAUGAUUUCAGUGCUCCUUUGUUUUGUGUUGAUGUUUGGAAAUCCAAUGUAUUUAUCUUCUUAUUAUUCAUCAUCUUUGUUAAUGACAUUGGUGAUAAUUCUAAAAAGAAAUCACAUCCAAAGAUUGGGAGUGUCUGAACUCAACUUUUGGCUGAUUCAAGGCUUUGCCUGGUUGUGUGGAACAAUUAUUUUGAAAUUCCUGACAUCUAAAAUCUUAGGUGUUUCAGAUCAUAUUCGCCUGAGUGACCUUAUAGCAGCCAGAAUCUUAAGAUAUACAGAUUUUGAUACCUUGAUUUACACAUGUGCUCCUGAAUUUGACUUCAUGGAAAAAGCGACUCCAUUGAGAUACACAAAGACAUUACUGCUUCCAGUUGUUAUGAUGAUUACUUAUUCUAUCUUUAAAAAGGCUACUCGUGAUAUUUUAUGUGUCUUAUCUGCAAACACUUAUCAAAGAAAACAGCUCCUUGAACAUGGUGAGCUGAUUUUUCACACAUUGCAGCUGUUAGCAUUCACUGUCCUCGCCAUUUUAAUUAUGAGGCUGAAGUUGUUUCUAACACCUCACAUGUGUGUUAUGGCUUCCUUGAUAUGUUCUCGACGGCUCUUUGGCUGGGUUUUUUGCAGAGUUCGCUUUGAGAAUGUUAUCUUUGGCAUUCUAGCAGUGAUGUCACUACAAGGUUGUAUAAACCUCCAUAAUCAAUGGAGCAUAAUAGGAGAAUUUAAUAAUUUGCCUCAGGAAGAACUGAUACAAUGGAUCAAAUACAAUACUAGACCAGAUGCUGUUUUCGCAGGUGCCAUGCCUACAAUGGCCAGUGUUAAGCUGUCUACCCUUCACCCCAUUGUGAAUCACCCACAUUAUGAGGAUGCAGACUUGAGGGCCCGGACAAAAAUAGUUUAUUCUGCAUAUAGUCGAAAAUCUGCAAAAGAAGUAAGAGAUAAGCUGUUACAGUUACACGUGAAUUAUUACGUCUUAGAAGAGGCAUGGUGUGUUGUGAGAACUAAGCCUGGUUGCAGUAUGCUGGAAAUUUGGGAUGUGGAAGACCCUUCCAAUACCGCCAAUCUGCCCUUAUGCAGCAUCCUGCUCAAGGAUCCGAGGCCCUACUUCUCCACAGUAUUUCAGAAUAGUAUGUACCGAGUACUAAAGGUUAACUGAGAACAGACUACCCAUCACACUGUGAUGCAGAGAGGAAGUUGAUGUUUUAUAAAUCUUCUCCUCCAGUAUAAAACCUACGGAACAAUAAUGCUUUGGCAGUGGGAAAUAGUCAUCCUGAAGAUAUUGCCAAAGACAAAGACUGUCUCUGCUUGAUACUUAGCAAAUGUACCACAUCUGUAGUAUUUUAAUAUCUAUCUACUUGAAUCAUCUCAGAGUCUUUGUAAUUCCCUUGUGUUCUUGGCCCUCUACAUUUGAGAUAACAAAUCACUUAAUUCUAUAGAUUAGUUUGUAUAUGGUAGGUAGAUUAUAUUCAUGAAAACCAAUAAAAUUAUUUUUCAACUUUUA